GCGGCUCCACCUCCCCACUCCCAUCUCUAUCAUUCCCCACUGUAAAUUUCCUCCCUUUCCCACCUCUUCUGCCGUCAACUCCCGUCUUCCACGGCAUCUCCCCAUCUUAAAGCCCCCCUCUCAAAAUCAAUCAAUCAAUCCCACAAACCAUGGCGAAGCCAACUCCCCUCUCAAUCCCCCUCCUCUUCCUCAUCACAAUCACCAUCGCCAUCCCCUCCACCUCCGCAAAAACCUUCCGCUGCACCACCGCCGGCGCCACCUGCCAAUCCAUAGUCGACUACCUCCCCCCCAACCGCACCACCCUCCGCGCCAUCCAAUCCCUCUUCUCCGUCCCCCACCUCUACUCCAUCCUCGGCGCCAACAACCUCCCCCUCAACACCACUGCCUCCACCCCCGUCCCACCCCAGCAGAGGCUCCGAAUCCCCUUCCCCUGCCUCUGCAGCAACGGCACCGGCGCCUCCCGCGGCCGCCCCGUCUACACCGUGGUCCCCGACGACGGCCUCUGGCACAUCGCCGCCCAGGUCUUCUCCAACAUCGUCACCGUAGCCGAGAUUCAGGCGGCCAACGGGAUACCGAAUCCCGAUAAGAUCGAGGUGGGCCAGAAUCUGACCAUCCCGCUGCCGUGCAGCUGCGACGAGGUGGGCGGGGCGGCGGUGGUCCACUACGGCCAUGAGGUGGCGGCCGAGAGCUCAAUUGAAGGGAUUGCUCAGCAAUAUAAUGUGUCUCAGGAGACGCUGAUGCAGCUCAAUAACUUAACCGGGCCUCAGGAUCUUAAGGCGCAAGAUAUUAUUGAUGUUCCUUUGAGAGCUUGUUCUUCAAUGGUAAGCAAUAACUCGUUGGACUACCCUCUGCUCGUCCCGAGCAAUGCCUACGUCGUCACUGCCAAUGCUUGUGUGAAGUGCAAGUGUGACAACAACACUGCAAACUCGAUGCUACAAUGUGAACCUGCUGGGAUGAUAAAUGCAUCAUGCCCCGUAAUCCGAUGUGAUGCCUCACCAAAUUUGUUUCUUGGAAACACAACGUCGUCCGGUUGCAAUGCCACCACCUGCUCCUACGCCGGUUACAACACAACAAUACAAACUAUGCUGGAUUCGGUCUCAACUUGCCCCGCUCCUCCCGGCCCCGGAUCGUCUGCAACUACUUUGAAUGGCUGGAGACUUGUGAUUUUCAUCAAUGCUGUCAUGCUUUGUUUGCUUUUUGUCUAAGUUGUUGCAAAUUGCUAGGUUGCAUAUUGCUAAAUUUAUCCAAAUUUUAUUUGGGAAAUUUGAAUAUGUAAUUUUGUAAUGUGAGGUUACUUCAAUAAUCAUUUUGAUAUAUGAAUACCAAUCUUUUAUGCC